GUAGUUGAGUUUUAACGCGCAUGCCGAGCGUACGUCAAUAACAAACAAGAAGUCUAUAUCGCUAUCAGAUUGCGUAUAUGUAUAGCCCACGAUGACAGCGCCAGCCAGUAGUGCUUCGUUCAGUUUGCGUACACUGCUUGUAUUGGCCAUUCGAGGCCAAUUGUGCAUGUAAUUUAACUGAUAAUAAAUCAGCAAGAAUCCCGCGGGUUCACAAAAUGCAGGAAUUGUGUAAAACUUGUCGCUUGGUGUGUACAUUCCCCGUAGUUGAGUGAUUAACAUUCGCAACAGUAUCAGUGUUACCGACCGAAAUCAUCGAUUAGAUAUAAAAAGUUUGAAUAGUUACCGUCGUCCGAUGCUGGAGUGAGUUAUCACGUUUGAUUAUAAAUAUGAGGAUCGCUAGUGACUUCCUAUUUUUAUUAAUUCGAGGGAGAAAAUUAAAGAUACUCCAAAUUCUAGUCAAAUCUUAAAAUAGAGCAUUUGUAAAUAAAAUGUGUAUAAAUAAAAUAUUCCAAUUAUAGAAUAAUAUUUCGAGAUAUACAAAUUAAGUGUAGUGUUUUUAUAAAAAUUGUUAGCCGAAUCUGUGAAAAUGCCCUCGUUCAGUCAAGAAAUUAAUGUGGACUUAACUUCCGGUGAGGAUGGUGCCUUAAAAACCGAGGGUAAGACAGACAGUAAAAACGGAGAUUGUAGAUUUACGCCGGUCGACCGAGGCGCGAACAGCGCUCCCGACGGCCUGAGCGCCGACCAACGGAUAGCUUUUGCUCUGCGAGACUUCCUCGGGGCCUCGAGCACGGUGCUGACCGACGACGCCCCGGAGCCGUCGGCGGCCGGCCCGCCGCUGCCCUUCAUCGACGAGCAGCGAGAUGACGCCGCGCAGUCUGACGAGGAGCCGGCCGACAGCCGCGACACUGAGGAGGUGCUGAACAAUGCUGCGUGCCGGCUGCGGCGGUGGCGCGCGGCGUCGCGGAAGCUGCGGCGGCCGCGGAUCAUAGACAACCUGUGCGGCGGCGAGGACAAGGAUGGCGGCAGCAAGUCGAGCGGCCACACGGACCUGGCCGACCGGCUUCGGAGCCUGGCGGCGGCGGGCAGCGUGUCGGCGUCGGCGGGCGAGCUGCUGUCGCUGGCGCCGCCGCCGCCGGCCGCCACCGCGCCCCCCUCGCCCGGCUGCCUCUUAUCACCAACUCUGGCUGACCAGAGUUCUGCUGAAUAUUUCGGCUCAAGUCCCGAAUGCUGUACCGACAGCAGCGGGCUGGAAACGACUGGGGCGCCAGUGCCCCCUCCCGGCCCCCGCUACAAGCUGGCCACGGAAGGCACCCUCAGGGUGUGCUGCUUCCAGCAUACCAGGACAGUGGUCGUGAAGAUUCUGGCAGCCAAGUUCCUGAGGCGGUGGGAGACCCAUGUCCUAUGUCUGCAUGAAGACAACAUAGUAUCCAAAACGCCUUCGGGUCUGCUUGAGAAGCCACUCUCGUACAGCUGCAUGCAGGAGGUUUAUUGUAUCUCACGGUGGGACUCUGCGAGGAAAUACUGCCUAAGGAUCGUAAUGCCUCAUGGAUCACUAUUAUUACAGGCUAACGAUGUUUACACAAGAGACCAGUGGUAUCAUUCCAUUGUAUGGAGGAGGAACAUUAUAAGAUACCGACAUUUCCUAACGAAGUCUGUAAGAAGAGAGGUGGUGCUUAAAGAAUUAAAGAAUAUGGUUGAUUUCGUUAUGACGACACCGUUGCAAGACGAAAGCGUUACUCGGGCGCCUUUGCAGAUACUCACAGAUUUAUUAUCAGAGAGAAAGGAGAGCUCUGAUUGGGAGGAGUGGGCGGAGAAUGUGACUAGCGCGGCGGCUCCGCUUCUGGCUGAGCGGUGUGCUACGGGCGAGCUGUGUGCGUUGCUGGCUCGGCUUUGUCGGCGGAGGCCUAGAGCAGCGCCGCUGCCUGCGCUGGCGCCGCCGGUGCGACGAGUGCUCACGAGAAACGUGGACUUCGCUAGGGCGCCCAACGCUCGGCAGCUCGUCAAAGAUUAUAUUAGUGCGUUAAGUGCUCACAACUCGGGGGCAGCCCUGGUGCGUCGCUUCGUGGAGGUGACGCACGGCGGGCGGCGCGCCACGUGCCCGCACCCGCGAGCCGCUCCCAACCUUGCAGCGGUAGCAUUAGCAGCCAUCGACCACCACUACCGCUCCUCGACGGCGCCGCACGUGUGUGACGAUGCUGAGGAAGAAGUGCUGUGCUUCGCGGAUAUUCUGGAGCACAUGUGCGAAUACGAAGACUGGCUAGUAGUAGUGGGCGCGGUUCUGCAGCCCGUUCCUCUGUGCUCGGGCGCGCUGAGCUGCCCGCGCGUGGCGAAGCGUUUAGGCCGCGUGCUGUCUGCGCUGGCGCACGACUCGCGCUGCGGCGCGCACGCGUGCGUCGCUCCGUGUCGCGCGGCGCGGCCUUCCCCGCCUUCGUGGCUUCGUGCGGCGGCGCCGUCUGACCCGCUGCUGGCCCUGCCUAGCCAGGAGCUGUGCCAGCUUUGGGGUGAUAUGCUUGGAACUUUGCUACGGUGUUGUUGUAAAAGAAAAAGUUUCCUGCAAAGUAUGAGCAAGCAACUGCCAGAUUUUGUUUUAGUCGCAUUGAGUGAACAUCCUGCCGCCUUAGAAGCUCUAUGUUUAAUGCUGGAAUGGGAAGUUGCAAGUGGAGAACAAACUCAACUAGAAAUAAUAGCAGCGUUGCAGGGUACUGAACUUGGCCUGAAGUAUUAUAGAGACUUAUGUGAAAGGCAGCAGAAUUUACAAAGACUGCAAGCAGAAGGCGGGCCGCGGCGGCUGGCGCUGCCGGUACGGGCCACGGACGCGGACGUGGAGGCUUUGCUCAAGGCCGGCGCGCUCGGCAACCUCGAGUGCCUCUCGCUCGCCUUCACCAGCGUCACCAGCGCGUGCGCACACCACCUUAUAAAGCUCCCCUCACUUCGUUACCUGAAUCUAUGGGCUACUAAAUUCGGCGACAGCGGCGUGCAACUCAUCGCAGAGCACCUGCCUCGCCUUCAAGUCCUGAAUCUGUGCGAGACGCCCGUCUCCGACAAAGGAAUUGAAGCUUUGUCAGGAUUAUCAAACCUGCAGCGGUUGAACCUGAACAGUACAAAGUUAUCGGCCGAGGCGUUCGAAAACCUGCGCCAGCGGCUGCCCCACCUCCAAGAGUAUGACAUCCGCUACACGGAGGCGUGGUGACAGUGGCCCACCCCGUGGCCGCCCGCCCCUCUACCAUGUGAUUAGCCUCGCGAUCUCAUGAGGAACUAGAACGAAUGGAUCUUGGUACAAGUCGGCUUGAUUGAAUCAACGCGGCAGGAACCGCACUAAGAACCGGUGGCGUCUAGUAAUUAGUUCUGAUUACACAAACUCCAUUUUUUAAUAUUAGGACACAGAAUUACCUAAUUAUUUAUGCAAUAAUGUUUUUUAAUUUAAAAUUACCUAAAUGAAUAUGCGCCACCUGUAAAUUACAAUUAAUGGUAACGCUAAAGACCUUAACCAACCAUUUACUGCCAGAUUCUGAGCUUGGUAACAACAAUUGCCACAUCAUCAGUAACCUGUGAUUAAGCACCUAAAUUAAAUAUUAGGUAAGCAUAAGUAGAGGCGGUUAUUCUGAUCGGCUCAGAAACCGGGCGUGUUUAGGUAGGUACCUGUGUAAAAAGUAAAUUAUGCAAUGUAAUAAAUACCAAGUAGGAGAGGUACCAACUUAUGAAACAAUUAAAUAUUUACGACUCAAUGUUACAUUAAGUGUAGACCCUAGUUAUUUAUGGUAAAUUGAAUGCUUUAACUUUCUGCUAAUUUUCAAUUCGUUCUAGUCCUCUCAACUGCCCCUUAAUGGUCCAAUUUGCCGAACGUUAUGCAUCAGUUAGCUAACUAGCCAAUGUUAGUAAUAAAUGCCGUGAUACCUAUAGUCUAUUUAUUGAUAAAAAAUACACAAUAAAUACAAACUACUGCGAAUUUCGUAAUAUCAAAGACAACGUCCGUUUAAGGGGUUCAUAUAAUAUAUUUAUUAUUUUUAGAGUUAAGUUUCAUUUCCAAAUGAUGAGUGCCGUGUGGAUUAAUAAGUAAAGUUAUCGAAUUUAUUAACAGAAAAUGCUUUAUAUCAAAUUCAAUUCUAUGGAAAUACCAGACAAGUCUGUUUCUUCUAAUACCUACACAAGUCUAUGUUUCUUCUAAUACCUACUAGAUUCAAAAUGUACCUAUUUAUUUUAUGGGAAUAUUGAUGACACAAUAUUUGAGGGAAAAUUGAAUAUUAUGUAUUUACUUAUGCUGCUUUUUCGUCUAAUAGUACAGGAUCCGAAUUAGAAGCGUCUUCUUUACCUAUACUUCUGAUCGGCAUUUCAUUUAGCACCGAUUAUAUUAUUUUUAGACCUUUCUUUCUUUUUUAGACUUUUCUUUACAUAAAUAUUUUUACCCGGUUAGCAGAUUGGUGAAUGACGCUUAUAAUGCGGACCUUAGCCCCUUAUUCAUAAACUGAAACAGACCUAUGACACCGUCUGGCACGGUUUUUUGUCUUUAUUCGUCACGGUGUGUCAAAGUUUUCAUUAACUAAACGGGGUUUAGCACUGUUAGAUUUUUUCACACAACAGCUGAGUGACAAAACAUUCAUUAUUAAACCGGGUUAUAGUACUGUUUUAAAUGUCUACGAUAAGGAGGAGACUUAAAAGUUUUGUAGAAAAAUAGUUUUAUGGGUAUUCAAAACAUAAAUAUGCAUUCCUUAGAUGUUUCUCAAUCAUCUGCAACAAGAUUUUAAUUCACUAAAAAUAGUUUAAUAAGUGUAUUUAUGUAAUAACUAUGUGAGAGUCAUAAAUAAGAUAUGAGAUUCCUAAAGUUAACUUUCUGUUUUAUCUAAAUUAGUACCCGACUAAAGUAGUUCCAAUUGAAUCUAAAAGAAGCACGUUGCAUAUAGAAAGCAUAUUGGAUUCACAAUUAAUUAGCGUAACGUACGACGCGAGCACAGCAACGUACCAUAAAAUAACAAACAUCGAUUGAACAUGAACCUUAUCUGAAGGGCUGAAAGUUCAAAACUAUUGGAGAAAUUCGUGGUUUUAUGGUAUGUUUGCCUGCGACGGCGAUAGUACACGUAGUUAGCAAAAUAAAACAAUGAUAUUGUACAGUUGAUGAUAAAUAAACAGUUCGUUAUUAUACUAUCUACGCUUAAAAUUUAGUAUUGUAAUUUUUAAGUUUUAUUAUAUUUUAUUUUGGGCUGUGAGAUUAGACCGACACUCGCGUGUAUGAAACACUGUGGAAAGUUGGAUGCUCUUAUGUCACAUUUAUUUUAUCACAAAAAUAAAUGUAUAAAUCUACUACUUAUGUAUUUAUAUCUAAUAAUAGAUUUUAUAAUUCUGUUGUUUUAUCGAAUAAUAAUUCAAUUUAUUUUUAAAUCUCGACUAUCUGGAUUUUGGAAACGGCCAUAUCUAUUGAUUUUUAGUAUAAGUUAUC